UCCGUUGUCACCCCUCCAUGCUGACACGACGAGCACUCAUUUUGUCGACACUUUCUCAACCCAUUCCGAGCACUGGCAAGGGAGCACACUCGAGAGCAGCACUGAUACACUGAGUACGUUGAGGCUGUCGAGGCGUCAAGUCGUCGAGACUCUUGACUAUCGCCUGUUGUCCACCCGUCAGUUCGUCCUCGAUGAUGGUCCGAAGUCCAUCUCAGUAAAUCGAUUCUUGAGUAACAUUCAUCACACAAACAUGAACAUGGAUAUUGAUAGCGGCGCCGGCACAACAUCUCGUACGACUGAGCCAGUGUCAGUGAGCUCCCGCCACGCUGAUAACACGAUACGCGCCAUUCAGCGCAAGGCCCCGUCUUCCGUGAUUGACUUUAGCAUUCAGAUCAUGGAGGACGGGACCCAGGUCAGCACUACAGACCGCGUCUGCAAAGAUGUGCCUCCUCCGGCGUGGCUGCCCCCUACAGACGAGGAAUUCUACCAUGACGAGACACAUGAGAAGCCUAAUAUCCAGUUCCUCAAACAGCACUUCUCUCAAGAAGGGCGCCUUACAGAAGACCAGGCUCUAUUCAUUAUCAACAAAGGCACAGAGAUCCUCCAUGCCGAACCAACCCUAUUGGAAGUAGAUGCGCCUAUUACUAUCUGUGGCGACAUCCAUGGCCAAUACUACGACUUGAUGAAGCUCUUCGACGUUGGGGGUGAUCCAGCUGCUGGGACAAAAUACCUUUUCCUAGGCGACUAUGUCGACCGUGGCUACUUCGGCAUUGAAUGUCUGCUGUAUCUAUGGGCGUUAAAGAUUCAAUACCCCAACUCGAUAUGGCUACUGCGCGGUAACCACGAAUGUCGGCACCUGACUGAGUAUUUUACAUUCAAGCUUGAAUGUAGGCGCAAGUACUCUAGCGUUGUCUAUGAGGCUUGUAUCAGGUCCUUCCAAUCACUCCCACUGGCAGCCAUUAUGAACAGGCAGUUCCUAUGUCUGCAUGGCGGCCUCAGCCCUGAGCUGCACUCACUAGAUGACCUUCGGAAUAUCGAUCGCUUCCGAGAGCCGCCUACACAAGGGUUGAUGUGCGAUAUCCUCUGGGCCGACCCACUCGAAGACUUCGGCCAAGAACAAACGAACGAUUAUUUCCGCCACAACAACGUGCGCGGCUGCUCAUACUUCUUCUCGUAUGCCGCAACCUGCAAUUUCCUAGAACGGCACAAUCUCCUCUCUGUUAUCCGAGCACACGAGGCGCAAGAUGCCGGUUACCGGAUGUACCGCAGAUCCCAGACAACCGGGUUUCCCAGCUUGAUCACUCUCUUCUCGGCCCCGAACUACAUCGACAUGUAUGACAACAAGGCAGCAGUCCUCAAAUACGAGAAUAACGUUAUGAAUAUCCGCCAGUUCAACUGUUCACCUCACCCUUACUGGCUGCCUAACAUGAUGGAUGUUUUCACUUGGUCGCUACCAUUCAUUGGUGAGAAGACCGUGGACAUGUUGAUGGCUAUCUUAGGAGUGUGCUCUGAGAAGGAGCUCCAGGAAGGCUCUACCACUGGGUCCUCACCUUCACCGCCUAGCCCGAUUGACAACGACUCGAUGUAUGCUAAGCGCGUAGCCAUCAAAAAGAAAAUCCUCGCCGUUGGACGACUUUCGCGCAUGCUGAACGUCCUACGGGAGGAGUCAGAGAGGGUCACCGAGCUCAAGACCGUUGCAGGUGGCCGUUUACCGGCGGGGACUCUGAUCCUUGGGGCCGACGGCAUCAAGGAUGCGGCUAGGAGCUUUGAGGAUGCUCGCAAGGCUGACUUGCAGAAUGAGAGGCUGCCUCCCAGCCACGACGAGGUAGUGAGGCAGACAGAAGAGGAACGCCUCCAGGCUCUACGGCGCGCGGCACAAGAGGCUGAAGGCGACGUGGUGCUACAAACCCUGUCGAAGAGAUUGAGCGUUGAUCGGAAGAUGUAGGUGGCACUUGUGGAUUGUUCAGUUCCAUGGAGAGAUCGAGCAUUGCACAAUCAUGGACGAGCGCUAUUGACGCAUGAAAGCGGUUAUUUAAGCUUGUUCAUUCGAGAAUAUCGCAUUCUGGGGCAUGAUCUUCCGUAGACCAUGCUAUCUCACCCUGGCAAAGCAUUCAAGAUGGUCUUAGAAUCCCUACAAAGUUGUCUGAGAA